GUCUCAGCAACCGAUCCCGACUGCGGUGUAAAUGCAAUCGUAAACUACACCCUCGGGGAGGGCGUGAAGAAGCUAAACGACUUCGAAAUUCGCUCCGACUCGGGUGAAGUUUGCAUCUCGGGCGAUUUAGAUUAUGAGUUGAGAAAUUCAUACGAGUUUCCAAUCAUCGCAACCGAUCGAGGUGGCUUAAGCACUACGGCGAUGGUCAAAAUACAAUUGACCGAUGUUAACGAUAAUCGUCCAAUCUUUUAUCCACGCGAAUACAACGUUUCAUUGCGUGAAUCAUUAUCAACAUCAGCUUCAGUUGUUGUUGUGGUUGCGAGUGAUCUCGACUCUGGAAGAUUUGGAACUGUCACUUAUAGAAUUGUAGCAGGAAAUGACGCUGGAAUCUUUAGGAUUGAUCGAGUGACUGGAGAAGUUUUUGUUACUCGACCAAAUUUAUUAUCAAGUCGAAGUCAAGCGUAUCAUCGUUUAAAUAUUUCAGCAAUUGAUGGCGGCGGUUUAAGAACUGCACAAGACGCUGAAAUCUUUAUCAGCAUCAUCGAUUCAUCGCAACGUCCACCGAUCUUUGAUAAAGCUCGCUACAACUUUUCAAUCAAGGAAGAUGCAAAAAAGAAUACAAUCGUUGGUUCUGUCUCAGCAACGUCAAGCAAUUCCGGAAGCCGCGGUGCUGUUCGUUAUUCCAUCUACUCAGGUGAUCCGAAUGGAUUCUUCAGUAUUGACCCUGUUACGGGGAAUAUUCGAGUUGCAAAUUUACUUGAUCACGAGACAAAGUCUCAAGUUUUGCUCAACAUUCAAGCUACAAGCGGUGAUCCUCCAUCUUAUGGACACACUCAGGUGAAUAUUGACAUCGAGGAUAUCAACGACAAUUAUCCAACGUUCGAAUCAAAUACUGUGAGAAUUUCGGUACCUGAAAAUGUUGAGCUUGGAACUCCAUUGUAUGUUGUGUCUGCAAAUGAUCGUGAUUCGGGAAAGAGCGGCACUGUCACUUAUCGUUUAUCAAAUGGUGGUUCGAUUCUCUCGUCAAAUACAAAUCUCGUCACGACGAAUUCAAUUUCAUCAGUCAUGUCAUCAAACAAUCUUUUCAGCAUCGAUUCAACUACAGGUCAUUUGACCUUAUCGCAGCAUCUCGAUUUUGAAACAUUGCAACGUCACACGUUAAUUGUAACUGCAACAGAUUCUGGUGAACCGCCAUUGUCUACGAAUCUGACGAUUUUCGUUGAAGUGCAGGAUGUCAAUGAUAAUCUUCCCAUCUUUGAACGCAAUGAAUAUACAAUCAAAGUCUUGGAAUCAACGCCGAUUAAUUCACAGAUUCUACAAGUCAAUGCAGUUGACCUGGACACUGGUAAUAACGCACGACUUACCUACCGUUUGGCAAAUGCCGCAAACACCAAUCAACCAAAGCAACAAAAUAAAUUAAACACCAGCGAAGAGCUUGAGUUGUUUGGAAUUUUUCCAAACAGCGGAUGGAUUUACUUGCGUGGAACGAUGGACCGUGAAGCGCGUGAUCGCUACGAUUUAACGGUUCUUGCGAGUGAUAAUGGAACACCAUCAGAAACAGCAACAACUCGAGUAAUAAUUAACGUUAUGGAUUCUAAUGACAACGACCCGAAAUUUCUACGAACGUCGUAUGAGUUCAGCAUAGAAGAGAAUUUGCGACGUGGCGCUGUUGUUGGUGUUAUUCAAGCGAAAGACGCCGAUUUGGAUAUAAAUGCUGCCAUUCGUUACAGUUUGAUUCCAAGCAACACAUCAUUUCAGAUUAAUCCAACAUCGGGUGAAAUAAUAACUCGUGAAGCACUUGAUAGAGAGUUAAAGGCAUCUUACGAUUUAGUUGCGGAAGCUCGUGAUCAAGGGACGCCUUAUCGAAGCGCUCGAGUGACUGUGCAUGUUAUAGUGACCGAUGUAAAUGAUAAUGCACCAGAGAUUGUCGAUCCACAAGAAGAUGUCGUCAGUGUAAGAGAAGAGCAACCAGCUGGAACAGAAGUAGUCCGAAUUCGCGCCAUCGAUCGUGAUAAUGGACAUAAUGCAACAAUAACCUAUUCAAUUCUGAAAGGCCGUGACUCGGAUGGCUAUGGCUUUGGAAUGUUCUCUAUUGAUCCAGUGACUGGCCUAAUUCGGACUCGUGUAUCAUUAGAUCACGAAGAGCAUACCAUUUAUCGGUUGGCGGUAGCGGCGACAGAUAGUGGAAAGCCACCAAAACAAACGACUCGAUUACUUCGUAUUGAGGUGCUCGACUUAAAUGAUCAGCGACCAACAUUCACAAGCUCAAGUUUGGUCUUUCGAGUGCGCGAAGACGUUCCAGUUGGUUAUGUCGUCGGCUCAGUUGGUGUGUCGGAACAUUCGGAUGCUGAUAAUUUAAUCACAAGCAAUAGCGGUGUUCAUGUCACAUAUACACUUACACCGUUGACAAGUGAUGUGAUUGUGGGUGCUUUUGACAUGGAUCGAAACACAGGCUCGCUUGUCGUCGCUAGAAAAUUAGAUCGAGAACAGCAAAGUGAGUUUCGAUUGGAGAUUCGAGCGCUCGAUAUCAGUGCUUCGAAUAAUCCACAAAGCUCAGCAGUAACUGUAAAGGUUGAGAUUGCUGACAUCAAUGACAAUGCUCCAGUAUGGGAAAAGGAUCCCAUUACGAUAGAAAUAUCAGAAGACACUUCGGUUGGAAGUUUGAUUUAUAAUUUUACAGCAACUGAUGCAGAUACCGGCAGCAAUAGCGAUAUUCAAUAUAAGCUCGUUAAACAAGUUCCAUCUGAGCACGACACAUUUGCAGUUGAUCCAUUAACCGGUGCGCUGACACUUUUGACAACUUUGGAUUAUGAAGUAAUUUCGGAAUAUAUUCUUAUUGUCACCGCUACCGACCAAUCAUCAAAUGUCUCUGUUCGACUAAGUACAUCAGUUACGGCACGAAUAAUGAUCAUCGAUACGAAUGACAACAAUCCUAUCUUCGUUCAACCCACAGUUAAAGACACGCUUGUCUACUUAAGCGAUUCAGCAACAGUUGGUCAAUUAGUGACGCAUGUUAUUGCCAUUGAUAAGGAUAAUGGACAGAAUGGCUUAAUAUCUUAUAACAUCGUUAGUGGAAAUGAAGAUGGUCGCUUUAACAUUGACACCGAAAAUGGUUUUAUUGAACUUGCCAAACCGUUGAUUAGAAAGAUUGAAUCAAAUGCAAAAACUUCGACUAAUCAGAACAGUGUCAGUAAUUUAAUUAGUGGAAAAUAUAAUCUUGUUGUGAGUGCGAGAGAUCAUGGAAUGCCAACACCGAAAGAAGCUCGUGUCAACAUUAAAAUUGUGAUUCAAGGUUCGACUAACAAUCCACCACGAUUCUUGGACACAGUUUAUUACGCGAAUAUCACGGAGAAUGUUGCACUUGGCAGUUUUGUUGUUCGCGUCAAUGCAAAGUCCUUCAAUAAUGAAAACGGUGGAAACUUAACAUAUGAUAUACCGAAAGGAAUUGGCGAUGAUUGUUUCACUGUUGAUUCUCUGCGUGGUAUUGUAACGACUAAGGGAACGUUUGAUCGUGAGACGAAAGAUUUAUACACGGUACCGAUUUAUGUUAUGGAAUCAAUGACAUCUCAAUUCAAAUCAACUGCUAAUGCUAAAACGACAGCAAACAAACUCUACAAAUCACAAUUUGAUGUUGCAACAAUUGUCAUUCGUAUUGUUGAUGUCAACGAUCAUGCACCUGAAUUUCGACCUGGUUCAUGUUACCCGCUGGCUAUACCUGAGAAUAGUGACGUAUCGAUUAUACACCAAGUUGUUGCCACUGAUCUAGAUGAAGGUCCUAACGGUGACAUAACAUACAGCAUUACAGGUGGUAACGUUGGCAAUAAAUUCAGUAUUGACAUGCAUACGGGUGAAUUAACAUCACGUCCAUUAGACAGAGAAACACAUUCUCGCUAUUUUCUACAAAUAACCGCACAGGAUCGUGGAACACCCGUUUCGUAUCAAGGUCAAUGCAAUAUAUCUGUUAUUGUUGAAGAUCAGAAUGAUAAUGAUCCACGCUUUGAGAUGGCAAAAUAUGUUGCGACGAUACCUGAAGACGUUCCAAUUGGUACAAGCGUGUUGACAGUUAAAGCUAUUGAUGCUGAUCUGGGAAUCAAUGCGAGAAUUAUUUAUUCAUUGGCCAAUGAAACUGAAUGGCUUUUUAGCAUUGACAAUCGAAGCGGAUUGAUUACAACAGCCGGUAUGUUUGAUCGUGAACGUCAACAUGUUUACAACUUCAUGGUUGUGGCGACAGAUGGCGGUCGUUACGAUGCGAGAUCACAGCGUGUGCCAGUUCAAAUAUCAAUCGACGAUGUUAACGAUCAAAAGCCAAUUUUCGAUAAAUAUCCAUUUAGUGCACAAGUUGGUGCACUUGUACAGCCGGGUCAGCAACUUCUUCAAAUAUCAGCAACAGAUGCCGAUCAAGGUACAAAUGGUGAAAUCGUUUAUAGCUUGGGAAGUGAUGGUGCAAGUAGUAAAUUUCGUAUUAAUCCAACGACGGGCGUUUUGAGUGCAACACAAAGUUUGGCAAGUGAAAAUGGAAAACUUUUACAUAUUGAAGUGAUUGCACGAGAUAAAGGUAAUCCACAACAAACAGCUACUGGUUUAAUCGAAUUGCGUGUAGGUGAAUUAUCGCAAGGCUUACCAGUGCUUCGUUUUCAAAAAGAUGUUUACAAUGUGACGUUGAUGGAGAACACACCAGUAGGAUAUACCGUCGUUCAACUGAAUGCUGUAAGAAGCGAUGGUCGUCGACAGAAGACAAUUUAUAAUUUCGGCAGUGGUAAUGAAGACGGAACGUUCUCGAUUAAUGCAGCAACGGGCGAUAUUCGUGUUCGUAAUGCUGAUAAAUUGGAUUUUGAACGAUUUCAACAGAAGAAUACCGUGAACAAUGCUGGCAGUGGAAGUGCAAUUCGAUUGAUUGCUGUCGCUCGGACUGACAGUUCUCCAUUACUUUAUGCUUAUUGUGAAGUUUACAUCUCACUACAAGACGAGAAUGACAAUUCUCCACGAUUUACGCAACAACAAUACAGCGCUGCUGUGUGGGAGGGAAAGUCAAAGGGAACAUUUGUGAUGCAAGUGAAUGCACAUGAUGCAGAUCAAGGUGCCAAUUCGCGAGUCUUGUACCACAUUGUUGAUGGCAAUCAUGACAACGCUUUUAUCAUUGAGCCAGCUUUCAGUGGCAUUGUGAAGACAAACAUCGUGUUGGAUCGGGAGAUUCGCGAGACGUAUCGUCUGAAAGUUAUCGCUACGGACGAAGGCGUGCCACAGAUGACUGGCACAGCCACUAUUCGUAUUCAUGUGGUAGACGUAAAUGAUAAUCAACCAACUUUUCCGCCCCACAGUAUCAUCACAGUUAGUGAAGGAACUGAACUUGGCUCGAUUUUGACGACAGUGUCAGCGAACGACGUUGACACAAAUCCUGCAAUUACAUACAGCUUCAUGGGAUCAUCAAAUGAAACGGAUUUCGAAGAUAUUGCCACAACAAUUUUCUCGAUUGAUAAAUUCAGCGGAAAAGUCAUCUUACAGAAGCAAUUGGAUUAUGAAGAUCGACAGGAAUAUCAAUUGAGAAUUUUAGCUUCUGAUAUGGCGCAUGUUGCACAAACAACUUUGACAAUACGUGUGACAGAUGUCAAUGAUAAUCCUCCAAUCUUCCAACAACCUGCGUAUCAUUCAUCACUUCCAGAUGAAACUGGAAAUGCAAACAUUGAAAUAUUGACAGUGAAUGCAACUGAUGCAGACAGUGAAACGAAUGGUGUGGUGAAAUAUUCGAUUAAGAAUGCACCGCCAGGAUUUACAAUCGGUGAUGAUUCUGGAAUUCUUUAUGCAAAUUUAUCGAGAAUUCAGAAACCAUUGAAGAAUGACAUUCAACUAACAGUUGUAGCCACAGAUUCGGGUGUUCCAUCGCUCAGUUCAACGACAACUGUUCGAAUUCACAUCAAUUCAAAGAGUCAUAUCAAACCGCAUUACUUACAGCAUCAAUAUCGAACGACGAUUAACGAAAAUACGCCGAAAGGAACAAUUGUCACGAAACUUUUAUCUGUCGAUUCUGUUUCUGAACUUUCAGAGUUAAAUGGAAUUUUCUUUGACAUCAUUUCUGGUGAUGAUGAUGGAAUUUUCGAAGUGACAUAUCCGGAAAGUUUUCUCAUUCUCACGAAGCCACUUGACCGCGAGAAAAAUGAUUAUUAUCAUCUGCGUAUUCAAAUGAUGGAAGUUGGCAUGUUGCCAUCGAUGCAGAAAGAAGACAAUUCAAGCAUCAUAAAUGUAUUUGUGUCAAUCGAGGAUUUCAACGAUCAUCAUCCAGUCUUUCAACCAAAUAAAUAUGAAAUUGAACUAAGCGAAACUGUUCCACUUAAAUAUAGCGUGACGAAAAUUGUCGCAAUCGAUAAUGACGAACCCAACUCACCAAACUCCGAAGUCGUUUAUGACAUAACAUCCGGAAAUGAUUUGGGAAUGUUUUCAAUUGAUAUCGUGACAGGAGUUUUGUCAGUGAACAAGAAUCUCGAUUACGAUACGGGCCAGCAAAAUUUCAAUCUCGUCAUUCGUGCUUGUGACUCAGCGAUUGUUCCAUAUUGUGCACUGCAAUCUUUGAUCAUAAAUCUUAAGGAUGAGAACAAUCACGCGCCAAAGUUCCCAGUGCCAGAAUAUCUUGAAUUUGUUGGUGAAAAUGAACCUGUCGGUGUCAGCGUGUUUACAGCACGUGCAACAGAUUUAGAUGCGGGUGAUUAUGGUAAUGUCAACUACACGAUUGUCUCAUCGAAUGGCUACAACGAAGUUGACGAUUCAUGGAAAAAUUUCAAAAUCGAUUCAUCAACUGGCGUUGUCAUCUCGAAUGCAAUAUUUGACUAUGAACAGCGAAGUCGUUAUGUGUUCUCGAUUAAAGCAAUGGAUGUUGGCGGUAGAAGUGCAACAGUGAAAGUUAAAAUUAUGAUUGAUAGGCGUGACGAAUUUAGUCCGCAAUUCACUGAACGAACUUAUCGGUUUGUGUUGGGAUCAACACAUAAUCUUCCAGUUGGACAUAUUGUGGGACAUGUGACAGCGACAGAUCGUGAUCGUGGCCCUGAUGGUCGUGUCGUUUAUCAACUGACAACUCAACAUUCUUAUUUCAAGAUCAAUCGAACGACAGGUGGUGUCAUUGUCAAGAAGAAACUUGACUCUGGUGUUGUUAUUGAUAAUGGACGCGACAUUAGCUUAGUCGUGACUGCAAGUUCAGGUCGACAAGGUUCAUUAACAAACAUGACAGUCGUCGAGAUUGUUUUCGAUCCAUUAGCAGAAAUUGGAACAAAUCUUGCAACAAACAUGAACAAUUCCAACGAAGAAGAUUCAAACAGUUUUGCUGGAUGGACUGUUGGAUUGUUGAUAACAUUUUUGUUUAUUCUUCUUGGCUUUGCAGCUGUUUUCGUCUUCAUGCAUAUGAAAAAUCGCCGUCACAAACAUGUUGCUAAGAAUGGAAUUAAUAAUGAAGGUGUUGGAAGUUCAAACAGUUACGUUGAUCCAUCGGCUUUCGAUACGAUUCCAAUUCGUGGCAGUUCCAGUGGAACUGGUCAAUUUGCACCACCAAAGUACGAUGAAAUUCCACCUUAUGGUCCACACACAGCUAGUUCAAAUUCAGGAGCGCCAACAACAUCAGAAUUGUCAGCAUCUGAACAGUCAGGUUCAAGUGGUCGUGGAUCAGCUGAAGAUGAUGGCGAAGAUGAAGAAAUUCGAAUGAUUAAUGAAGGUUUAAGAGAUGCAAGAGAUGGCAGAUUGUCAGAUGUUUCUGUUCAUAACACGCAAGAAUAUCUCGCGAGACUUGGAAUUGUCGACAAUUCUUGUACAACAGGAAAUGCUUCGAAUUCAUCGAGAAGAUGUUCUGAAAGUAUGGGAUUAGGUAGUACGAAAGAUUCAAUUCUUCAUCAUCCAUUGCCAUUACACAUGUUCGAUGAAGAACCGAACGAUGGCGAUUUAACGAAUUUAAUUUAUGCGAAAUUGAAUGAUGUGACGGGAGGAAGUGAUCGAGCUAGUGAAACUGAUGAUGCUGGAACAACAGCCGGAAGUAUUGGCAUUGGAACAGCUGUUGAUCAUGUUAUGAUGGGCAAUUAUAGUGACGUGCCAGUUGUCGUAGGUGUCGGUCAAACUGGACCUUCAAUGAAUGGUUCGUUAAGCUCAAUUGUUCAUAGUGAAGAAGAGUUAACGGGAAGUUACAACUGGGAUUAUCUUCUCGAUUGGGGACCACAAUAUCAGCCGUUGGCUCAUGUGUUCUCUGAAAUUGCAAGACUGAAAGACGACACAAUGUCGGUUCAUAGCGGCGCAAGUGGAGCUUCAAGUGCUAAAAGUAAACAAUCAGCACUUCAUAUUAAACACAUUCCGCCACUUAUAACAAAUGUCGCACCACGGUCAGUUCCUGUUCUUUCCGCUCGUGGAAAUAUGUCACAUCAUCCAACAGCACCAAAUUAUCAUUUGUUAUCACGUUCAACUCGUUCACCAAUUAGUCAUGACACACAGGGAGUUUUCACAUCAUCAGCGAUGUCACCAAGUUUCUCACCGUCAUUAUCGCCAUUAGCGACACGUUCACCAUCGAUAUCACCGCAUGUUUCAGGCACACAUCAUAUCGUGUCAUUGCCACGACAACAACAACCACAACAACGAAAGCAUAUGUGA